AUGACACUCAACGUCACUGUCGACGUUUCCAAGUACCACGACGGCAACAUCGACCAGCAGCUGAUCGAGGACAAUGUCUACGUUGACAGUGUCAUCCUCCAGACCACUCACGACUAUCCUCGUUGGGAUCAGGAGGGCGCACUCCUGCGAUAUAAACCGCUGAACUUCGACAAGAUCCACCCGGGGGCUUGGUACGCUGUCGUUGUCUUCGGUUGGAGUAACAUCUGGAAUACAGACAAGGUGGCAAACGGGCCGGUUGAGUACUCUGAUUACCUGAAGCCGGAGUUCAAGGACAAACUGGUCUUUACAUAUCCAAACGACGACGAUGCUGUUCUUUUCGCAUUCGACUUGGCCCUUCGGGAGAACGGCCUCGGCUGGUUCAAGCAACUUCUCGUCCAGAGACCUCGCUGGGUCCGCGGCACCGCCACCCCGACGACACUCAUCGGCCAGGCCAACAGAACCUACGCCGCGACCUUCAGCGGCAGCGCCGGCAUGGCCCCCACCGCCCCCUUCAACGUCUCCAUCCCCAAGAACGGCUUCUUCACCACCUGGGGCCAGCGCGGCGCCAUUCUCAAGGACGCGCCUCACCCGGAGGGCGCCAAGCUCCUGCACAACUUCCUCCUGACCGACGAGUACCAGGACCCCGCCAACACGGGCAUGUGGAGCGUCCGCCAGGAUAUCCCCCCGCCUGCUGGAUACCCUGCCCUGUCUGAGCUCAACUCCACCAACCCUAACGAGUUCGACCGUUUCAUGGCCGACCGUCCCCGUGUCGAGAGGUUGAAGCUCUUUACGAGAACCUGA